AUGGACUUUGCAGAACUCUGUUAUGAAGUUCCACACUCAUGCCCAUUGCCUUCUGGAGUUGAGUUUAAUAAAGUGUCAAACAUGAUGUCAAGUGGCUCAAUCAACAGUAACAGUAUGGGGCCUUCCUUUGUUCCAUCUCACAUGCGCUCGUGCUUAAAAGGAACACAAGACCUGCUAUAUGAAGAAAAAUUUAUAGAGAAGAAAAAUUCAGAGAAAAAGCUUACCCGUUCAAGUUUUGAUGCUUCAAAAACAUCAGAUCAAGAAGAGCUAGCAACUAGAAAUGUUAGAAACCCAACUCCCAAUCGCCGAUUUAGCUUCAGCUUAGGUCGGCUUGGUAGAAGUUUCAGUUUUAAGGAAAGUUCAGAUAUUCCACAGUUAAGUUCCAUAUAUGUGACAGCCAAAUCAGGUCAGAGAGAAGGGAAGUAG